AUGACUUCACCACUAGACGACGAUCACGCUCCGGCUCGAGCCGCCAACAAGCCAACACAAACCACUGCGCCCACCAUUGGUAAAAGCGAAGCCUACAUCAGCUCUGGUGCUGUCUCAGUUGGGGGUGGUGAUCAAUUCAACGGGAACCAUACUCAAUAUCACAGUCAUAUUGAGCAUGACAAUCACACUGAGAAUCACGACCAUUCCCGUACCUACAAUUUCAAUAUUCCCAUUCGCAUUGACUCCAUCAGUCUCUUCAUACUGGCACAGCUUGCACCUCCUAGGGUGCGUGUAUGCAAGUGUGACUUUACUGGCCAUGGCAUUCUGCUCCUACUGGCUGCUGCUUCUGAUUUGAAGGGUUCUAUGGCUAACCUGUGUGUCUGA